AUGCUCCUCUCAUCGCAUCUGAUCUGUUCCGAGUGGCGGGAGGCAAUAGAGUCCAAUCAAAACACCAAGUUCUACGGCCUCGUCGAUCCUGCAGACGGAAAAUGGAGAGAUAGCCGAGGGAAAGAGCUGCCAGGCGUGCCGAAGCCGCCAAAGGGUCCUAUGAAGAGUCUGGUAGGGGUCAAGGGGGCGAUUCAGCGGGUCAGAGGCGAAGGGGGAUUUUGA